AUGCACGAUUGUCUAGAAAUAGCAGCAGGGCAGGGAGAUGUAGCCACUGUAAGGCUUCUGCUCGACCACGGGGCUGAAAUCAAUGCCCUCGCCAGCAAACUGGAAUCUGCACUGCGAACUGCCCUUUGGAACGGUCAUCUCGAUAUACUCAAGCUCCUUGUGAGUCGUGGAGCCAAUGUCAACAGCCCAUUCGACAAGGCAGAAUACAUGCCCCAUCCAGAACGCACGCCGCUUCCAAGAGCUAUAUCGAUGAACAACUUAGAGUUGCUGAAUGAGCUGGCCGGAAAGAAGGGCUACCCACUUCAGGCCGCGGUGGGUUAUUUCGGUGAUGCCGUAUUCGUCAAGGACUUACUAGACCGCGGCGCAGAUCCGAACGCUCAAGGAGGGAUUUACAACACGACUCUACAGGCCGCGUGUAUCAAGAUGCGAAAUAACAGCUCUGAGGAAAUGAUGCAAAUCAUUGAGCUGCUAGCGAAUAGCGGCGCUGAUGUUUCUAUUCAGGAGGGGGAAUACGGAACGGCACUGCAUGCAGCAUGCUGUAGUUGCAACGUCCCGAUUGCAGUUGUAAAUUAUUUACUCAAGAAAGGGGCCGACGUGAACGUUCAAAGAGGACCCUACGGCCAUGCCCUCCAGGCAGUGGCAUAUCGGCGUACUCCUGAUUGGAGUUCUUUUUACCAAUUACAGAGUAUGGGAGAACACCUAAUACAGCUGCUUCUGGACGCCGGUGCUGAGGUAUAUGCUCAAGGUGGCUGUUAUGGGACGGCGCUCCAAGCUGCGUGCGCGGGCCAGAGCGAGGAGGUAGUGCGUCUCUCGAUUGAUCAUGGUGCUGAUCCUAAUCUUGAGGUCGGUGAAUACGGCACUGCACUCCAGGCCGCGUGUACCGUAAAGGCUCUCGAUACACUUGGUGUGGGAAGAGACAUCAUCGAUGUCAAUGUACAGGGGGGAUUAUUUGGCUCUGCUUUGCAAGCGGCAGCAUACUCGGGCCAGACACCCGCUAUCACCUUGCCGUUAAACAGAGGAGCCCACGUGAACGCCCGGGGUGGGAAAUAUGGCAGUGCUCUAAACGCUGCCGUUAUUGCAGGCAAUUGGGAUACUGCUGAAGUUUUGCUCAGCGCGGGUGCGACGCCUGAUUGUCACAUGUUGUCAGAGCCUGACGAAGGGUGGCUCCAACGUGUGCUAGAAGACGAUGGUCAAGGCGGCGUGGAGAGAUAUAGAAAGUUCUGGGAGGUACAGAAGGCAGAGAGGGAGGUUUCGGCACAUGCAGACUAG